CGGCACACGAGGGGUUGGGUGGCCAACACCGUGUAUUGGGGUUAGAGGAAGACAGCCUCACAGUGACAGUAUUAAUACAUAGAUUUAAAGGUAUAACGUCACUAUUUAUCUUGCCUUUUGCUUUCAUGCCGGCUCUAGGAUUUCCUCAAAGCGAGUGGAUCGCGCAACUUGAUGCUGCUCUAUUGAUACGAUAGCCAUAUGUGUUAGUCGGGCUUGGUCCGCGGUAAACCGCAAGUCAUUUUUUGUAAUAAUUUUUUAAAACAUUUUAACUUGUUUAUCUGUUGAUUCGGGGCCACGUUGUGGCCGACUGGGCCCCGAUGCGUCGCAUAACGCUGUCACAUACCCCAACAACCAUAGUUGCGCCCCUUAGGGUAGGGCCCUCAUCCCAACCAGGUUCACAGCUCCCUGGUGUUGGAAUCCCUUUUUGAACAAAGCCAACUUGUUUAUAUUAAUUGCCCACAUAGAGCCCUGAUUGGUCCGUGCCGGAGCUGAGCCGUUGGCGCGAAUCCUUUAUAAAUGCGCUUCCCACAGGAAGGGCUACAGUUCAACAACUCCACUCGCCUCUCGCUUUCACCCGUCGUUUUAUGUUUUUACACGCUUUUAUUUUAAGUCAAAUUUUCCACUAUAAAAUGCUGCUUCUCUUAGCCUGGGCUACCUACACCGCCGCGUUCGUACCAGUUCGUGCAACCCCAGUUCGAACCCAGGUCGAGGUGACGGGGCUUCUCGGCGAUGGGGUGGACAUUUCGUGCCAGUUCCCUGCACCCACACUGGGGGAGAAGGUGGACGUUGACUGGUUCUACAAGGACUCGUUUGAGAGCUGUAAGGAGCUGCCCCUGGUCUCCAGCAGGCUGCACUGCACGCUGGACGUCGCACAAGGCCAGGCCAGACUCGUGAUCAUGAACCUGGGUCAGGAGGAUGAGGGCCCCUACCAGUGCAAGGUGCAGCGACUGUCUAGUGGUGAAGUGACGAGUUCAACCACCAGGCUCGUGGUGAAAGACGAACCUCGUCAAGAUUCAGACGCAGAGGAAAGCGGAUUGUGGUGGCUUUGGCUGGUAGUGCUAUCGGUUGUGCUGGUCAUUGUGAUCGCUGUUUCAUGUUAUUUUUGGAGGCAACGUUCCCCUUCCAAACGAGUCGCGGGUCACAAUAACAGCCAAAAAAAUCCAUGUCAACAGAGCCCAGUGAAGACCCUAAUGAAGAAAACCCUUUCACAAGCCUUGUGAUGAAUUAAAGUGAAGAUCACACUUACUGGUGACCAGAAUGAUGACAAUGGAUCUUCUGCUGCAUGUACUGAAAUGCACAGGGUGAUCCACUUUUAGACACCCCACUGAUUUCUGACUUAUUUCAACAAAUGUUUAAAUAAUGUUAAACGAUGUCUUAUUUAACUUAAAUGCUACAUUACACAUCUACAAGGAGUGGUGUUCUAUGAAUGUAUGUUGAACUUAUUUUGCACUGUAUGUAGCCAACCGUGCUAAUCAGAUGUGCCGGGGAAGAAAAACAAACUAAACACAACAAUUAGUACUAAGACAUUAGUUUCAUUCUAGAUGAUUUAACAGUGCAUAGCUCCAGUGGAUUCCUAAUAUAAAAUGGAAGAGCAUUCCAGACGGCCGCAUCCUAAAGCACGCGAUGCAGGGACCAUCUUCGUUUGAUGGCUAGCCAAAAGCCGCUGCGAGGAUGACUGGAGUUGCCAUGAUGAUAUAUGCUCCUCUCUACAGGGUUUGGAGUUUCAUAUAACUUGACCUGUAAAUAUCACAUCCUUUGCUUAUUCAAAUGUCAAUCGUAUGUUUUUUAUUGACAAAAAUGUCAAAUAUUGGUUUUCUUUGUAGCUGCUUUUAGUUUUCAGCUCAAUGUGUAUACAGCGAUACCUUGACUUUCGUCGCUUCACUCUUUCGGCCGUUUUCAAUUAUAACCACAUUUUAAAUUUCGUCCAUGUGCUUUCCUCUUUCGUCCGAUUUCAUCCAACCUUCCACGAUGUUCGCACCACGUGCCAUUUUUUUCGUUCAGUCUUUGAAUAAAAGUCGUUUAGUGAGCAUCUCUUAUAUUUGUGUUUAUUAAUAUAUUAUUAAUACUGUACUUGUGAUUAUACUGUAAACAAUUCAUAGUUAUUUUUGUGAUAACGGAAUAAUACUACAGUGUUCAUAGUUAUUUUCAUGAUUAUAAAACACGUGGUUAUUUUUGUGAUUACUGUAAAAUACUUAUUUUUGUGCUUGAAUAUAUUCAUAAUGGGUGCUAAGUGUGGUGAUAGUAAAGCUAAACGAGCCCAUAAGGUUCUCAAUUUGCAAGAAAAGCUUGACAUAAUCAAACUUAAUGAGCAAGGCUAAGUAAAGGCUCUGCUUUGACAUUCGUCCAUGCUCUGGUCCCUAACCAGACGAAAAUGCAUGGUAUUCCUGUACAAGGUGUUUUUCACUUACUUUUUUACAUUAAAUAUUUAAAAAAAUAAAAUCUUCAACUGA